GUUGAAACUUUCACUGUCCACCUUUGUUUCACAGCCACAAGGACAAGCGCCUGUUCGUUCUCCUCUCUCUCUCCUCUCUCUCCCUUCUCCGGACUGGACAAGUUGGCGGCGGGAAGGUGUGGUGGUGGGAGAGUGACGCGGCGGUCGGCCUUCAGUAGCCAGGAAGAAUAUAUGGGUCGCGGCCUCAUGGAAACGGGCUAGUGUGUCUAGUCACCUGGCGGCGGGUGAGUGAAUGCAGUCAGGCAGUGGCAGAAGAAGGGAGAGGCAAGAGUGAUGUGGCCUCCUCUGCAUUUCCCUUGAGAUUGUGGCUCUCUGGCGGCGCCCCUGACCAAGAUGCCGGGCAAACGGUACCGUCGGGACCAGAGUGAGGUGUCCUGCUGCCUCAAAUAUGUCAUCUUCGGCUUUAACGUCAUCUUCUGGCUGAUGGGGCUGAGCAUCCUGGCCAUCGGUGUCUGGGCCUGGACGGAGAAGGACACAUUUAACAACCUGAGCCGGCUCACCAACAUCGCCCUUGACCCAGCCUUUGUUCUCAUUGUGACAGGCCUGAUCACCUUCACCAUUGGGUUCACCGGCUGUGUUGGCGCCCUGAGGGAGAACACUUGCCUGCUUGGUUGUUAUGCCAUCUUCCUCGCCAUCCUGCUGCUCUUAGAGAUGACCGCAGGCAUCCUUGGCUUCAUCUUUAAAGACUGGAUCAAGUCACAGGCCACAAGUGGGUUCCAGGCCUUCAUUGUGCACUACCGAGAUGACCCAGACCAGCAGAACCUCAUUGACUGGAUACAGGAGAAGUGGCUGCAGUGUUGUGGCAUUGAGGGCCCCAAGGACUGGGAUCGCAAUGUGUACUUCAACUGCUCCUCAGAAGUGGUGGGCUCAAGGGAGGCAUGUGGAGUACCCUUCUCCUGUUGCAAACAGAAGGCAAAUGAAAUCAUAAAGAACAAACAGUGCGGUUAUGAUGUCAGAAAACAAGACUAUCAUGGCGACAGCUCCCUGGUCAUAUACGAUCGGGGGUGUCUUCGGGCAGGGGAGGACUGGAUAGAGAGGAACCUGGUGCCUGUUGCAGGAGUGGCAGUUGGGGUGGCGGUGCUGCAGCGGCUGGAUGCAUCACAUAUAUACGAUAAGGGCUGCUUGCAAGCUGGCGAGGAGUGGCUAGAGCGAAACCUGCUCUUUGUGGCAGGGGUGGCGGUGGGCGUGGCCUUCCUCCAGAUCCUGGGUAUCUGCUUCGCCCAGAACCUGCGCGCUGACAUCUACGCUCAGAAGGCUAAGUGGAACUGACGUUUAGCUCCUGCUGCGGUGUAGUGAUCAGCCGCCCCACACUCCAGGGGCCACCUGCACCGCAUCGUGCACCCUCCAUUGCGGCUCACUAGUCAGAAUUAAGAGUUUUCUAAGGAGAGGGAAGUAAGGCAAUGCUGCGAGAUGAUUUUGUUGAUUUAUUUUAUCUUUUUUUAUUUCACAUGCAGUUGAAUCUCAACCAAGUUAUUGUUCGAUUAAUGAAUUGUUUUUUUAAUGGACAGUAAAACCCUAUUGUGAUGGAGGCAGAGGACCAUGGCAGGCCAGACCAAUGAGAGGAGCAGUAGUGUUUCCGUUGUCACAUGGGGAAGUGUCUCGGAGAAAUUUCAGGUUUUAAGGUCACACGGAUUUCACAUGGCAUUCUUAUUCCAAUGAAUUUACAUGUAUCAUUUACUGUAGUUGUCUGGUUUGAGGAAUGGUCAGUCAGUCCCUUGAAAUAGGGUUUUAUUGUUUUAUGUAUAUGAUUUAGCCAUGGUUGUUAUUGUUGAUGCUUCUUGUCAGCUCACUGCUUAUCGGAGCUUGAAGCCUUUGAUGCAGUCAGCACUUUUCAAUCUUUAUCAUCUCUGAUCAUCUCUGUCUUUGUUCAACACAUUCAAUUGUUGAAUUAAAAUGCUCACUGCCAUGUCAGUUUAUCCUGAUAUGGCUCGACACGGUGAUCAGUUGUGUACAAAUAGUUUCUCUUGAUUAGAUAGCUACGAAUAAUUCAUUAGUUAUUAAUUAGUAUUUAUAUUGUUGUAGCUCUCUGUUUAUCACAAACAUUAAUUUUGUUGAUUGACUAGUGUUACGUGUUACUCGGGCAGCCACAGUCAGAAACGUGUUGGCUGCUUGUCCCAUCUCCGCAGCAUGGCCUGUCCUUCACUCUUCUUAACAAGGAAUCCAUAUACUCUUUAAUGGCAUUAUUCAACUCUGAACUGGUGAGACCUUUGGAGGAGGUGACCCCAUGGGGUGUGUUGGGUCUCUGCCUGGUUCUCCCCUUCCCAGGAACAGCUGAGUGCUGUGAGGGAAGGAGAGGGAGGCAGGGCUCAAAAAUGCAAUAGAGCUACUAGUCAACAGUCAUCAAAGCCACACAGGUGAGGAGGAGUGUGAGCCUUGACAGAACAUGUAGGACUAUUGCUCUAUAUCGCUGAUCUCGUUGCCUACCAUACAGGAACCAAUUACCGCAGCAGGAACUGAUAUUACCUUCGUGGUAUUGUAUUGACAUGCCAGUAUUUAUCGUCAACCUUUUAUGUAAGGAAUGACCGGCAUACUGUAUACACGAAUGUCCGUCGCAUCCGAUGUGACCGCGGCAAGGAUUACAUGGAGUGCAAUCUCGUGAUUAGAAGGAUUAACUGAAUGUACACUUCUUUUUCACUCAUUAUGCAGCUACAUUGAGUCCAUGUGGGAUUCAGGAAAUCUUUUAAUGGAUGAGUGUGUGUGGGUGUAGAAGUGUGUGUAUGUGAGUGUUUGUGUUUGGUAGCUAUCAUUUCAUAUAUACAAGUACUGAUGGAAAUUAAGGUGGGGUGUGUUUGUGUGUAAGUGUGAGUCAUCUGAGGUCAUGUUGUCCUGUGUGGUCUCAGUGUUGAUGCAUAAAGGAAAGUGUGACUCGUUGAGAGAACACACUGCUGUGACAAAUAUUUUCUUGACAUGACAAAGUUUCACUAAGUAAGUUUUAUACAAGACUCAGAUCAUGGUAAUGCAUGACAAAUGUAGAUUGUUUUUUUCUCUCUCCCUUUCUUUUUUUAUUUCUCUUUUUUUAUACACCAUGUUUUUGUAGGAAAUUGUGAGGUUCGUAUGUGUCGCGUUAUGUGUUUUGUACAUGUCAUGAAGUUGUGUAUCUUCUUACAAAAGUGCAGGUAUUUCCAGUGUCCAGUUAACCAGUCUUUCACACUUUAUUGGUAGAAAGGAGCCUAGGAAAUGUUUAUUGUGAGGCCAAAAACAUGAGCUCAGGUGAGGGUUCUUGAGUUGCCAUAUCUGCUCCUACUAGAAUCUGAUCGCCGCAUUCUUCACUUGACGGAUUCAUUUUGGAUUCCACUGAGGCUUGUUUUGAGAAGAAUGUCCAAGAAUUGUUUGGCAGGCCUUCAUUGUGUUGUGUAAAGUACAUUCCACACAUUCAGUGGUUGUGUUAGCUUGCUGCUGCUGCAUAUGAUAGUUUCCCCUGCAGAGGAGCCAAUGUCUUGCCAGCCUGGAGACAUGGAAGGGAGGAGAGCCUGCACUUCUUCAUGCUGGUAAAUAGUCUAUAGUUCUGCUGCUAGUCCCCAGCCAUGGUUCAAUUUGGCUUGCAUGUUAUGGAAUCAUUGUACAUCUGGUUUAAGUUUAUCGACUGGUAAUGUUCGGAGAAUUGUACAUAGAGUAGAACUUUGGCUUUUGGUGUUGAUUUAUGAAAUAUUAAGGCUUAUCAUUAAUGCAGUACCAAAAAUCUCCUUCAUUUUUAGCAUUAAGUUGUAGUAGGUUUGGUUGCCCUUAGUUUCUCAUUGUAGAUAUGAAGUGUUUUGUAUAUGAGUAGGUGUUCUGAGGGCAGGCAUCCUACAAUGAGAGCUUUAUAAUUCAAGGUUUUUAUACCAAGGGGAGACACUGCCUCUCUCCAACUGUCUUUAAUCUCACUGUAUCUUUGUAUCACAAUAACAUGCUAGGUAACGAACUCAAGUUUUUUUAUAGUUAUAAUAUAUACCUGUAUAUUGUAGUACUAAAUGAUGUUUUGUAAUAACUUCUGAAGAUGGGCACACCAAGUGGAGCCCCAGAGUAGGACAUCCCACACGUUCACAAGGAGGAGGGGAGACUUGCCAAACACUGCCAAGCUCCUUCACUGUCCACUAGUGUUUGUUCCUCACCAUUGGCCUGGAACCUGUGAUGGCACAAUAGGUAUUAUUUGUAUUGGUCAUUCUCUUUACUUUUUCAUCUCAUUGCUGUUUCACAUUUAUCAGUCAGUUUCCAAAAUUGUAAGAUGGAUUCUAACUUUGUAGGAGUGGUAGUAACUAUAUUAGUUCAUGAUAUUAUGUUCUUUUCUCAUUGCAGUAUCUAAUUUAUCAGUCACUUUUCAAACCCAGAGUGUCAGGAAUUUCAUACAAGACAAAUACUAAUUAUAUUGAUUCUUAUUGUUUUAUAUAGUUUUUGGCUGUCAUUUUUGUCUUGUUUGUACAUCUCAUAUCAAAAUUUAUUUUUUUAUUGCUUUACACAAGAAUUAGAGCUGGUAAUACAUAUAACAUUGCAUUCCACUUAGUAUGUGUUCUACCAUACCUAAACAGGAUUAGGAGUAAUGGUGCUAUAGGGGAUGGGUGGGGGGGUGGUAAUAGCAAAGAAUUUGAGCUCACAAAAAUAUCUUAGCACAUUAGUAGAUUGUAAGGAUUGGCUGCUGAUAGUUAUUACUGGAAAAAAAAGGUUGGUAAAAUAUUUAAAUCUGAAUUUUUCAAUUUUUUAUUUUUCACUAUUCUAAAAUCUUAGCUUUUUCCUUCACAAUUAAAUAUAUUUUGACUGUACAAAUUUGGGUUAAGUUUCUACCCAUGCACAAAGUCUUAUGUUGACAAGAUGCACUGCAAAGCAAAUUAUUGAGGCAUAAAAUUUACUUCAUCACUAUGUGGAAAAUAGAAAAGUAUUUUAGGGCUUGAUGCAUCUCCCCUCCUACACACACAAACAUACGAGUACACUGCUGUCCACAACUAGUUAUUUCAUAUUACAGCCUGCAGUAACCAUCACCUGAAUGUUACAUGAGCAUAAAGUUGACAUGACCCACUGCAGGCCCAUCACAUGCAUAUCUUCACCAAGUAUCCCUUUGCUGCCAGUCACAAUACAUGUCUAGUAAUUCAAUAGUGUACAUACAUCAAUCUUUUUAUGUGAUUGUUACCACCUUUGGCUGUGUAACAGAGUCUGCAUAAUGUACAGCCCAAGUACAUCACAGGCAGAGGUAAUGUUGAUAACAAUACCCUGUUAAUAAUACUCCUUGCUGUUACACUGUUGCUAUGAUGAGAUGAACGGCUUGUGAUAAGGGGCUGGAUGGCACAGAGGGAGCCGUGACUUGUGAUCUGAAUGACGGUCAUGCAUUCAAAGCCAAGUAUAGACAUGAAGUUAGUUAACCUCUGCAUUCAGUUCCACUGUGCAUUAUGUUUUUUCAUAAGUUUUUAGCUUUCCGAUCUACUGAAUCUUGCCUAAGCUAUUAAUUGAGAGAUUGUCUGCAAAUUGGAAGGCUCAGGAUUGAGGAAAAACAGUAAAAUGCAGUGGGAAUGAGUGUGCCAUGUUAAUUUAACUGGCCAUGACUGUACUGUUUAUUGGAAGAAGUAACACUUCUAUUGCAUGACACAUUGUUUUGGUGGGAAGAGCUGAGGGCAGAGUACCAGACACCAGUACUGUUACUCCACGUCAAACUCAGUUACACAUAAGCAAAGUGUGUGAUUAUAUAGCAGGUGGAUGGCUACUAAAGUAUCAUAUCUAGCCAGUAAUCAGUGUCCUUCCCAGUGUUAUAAUACCCUUGCUAUGUGAUGGUUUUUAUAUGGCUUUCCGAGAGCAGCUUUAAGGUGGUACAUGAUAGUUAAAAUUAAUCAUUCUCCUGGUUUCAUUUAUCUACUCCUUAACUCUCAGAUCAUUCACACUUUACUAACUGUACUUUAAUGUAAUACAGACUCAUUCACUGUAUCUCGAAGUGUUCCAUCAUACAUGGAUGAGAUGAAGCUCGAGUUUGAUGAUAAUAGCAUGUAAAAGUCAAAUAACCAACAAAUGGCUCUACAUGAAGUGAGAAAUAUUAUCUGGUUAAAAAUUAUAAAUGUUCCCCACUCGUCCCAAGUCUUCAUGGCGAGUGGGACAGUGAUACUCGCACAAUGCUGAGUGAGUGAGUUAGCCAUUUUUUUCUUUCCUGUUAUUGUUCGCUUGCUGUACUGAGGUGUAAGUAAUCUCGCUUUCCCCCAAACACUUUAACAGAUAAACAAUUAUACAACUUUUUA